AUGGGAAGUGUAACGUCAACAGUAAUAAAAAAAUGCUGGAAACAUACUGGAAUUUUACCUGAAAAUUUAAAAUUUUUGAAUAAUGUUGAAGUUGAGGUUAAAGUUGAUAUUGAACAAGAGAAUCGUGAAGUUCAAGAUUUAAUUAACCAACUUCCAUUUGACGAUUCACUUUUAGCGGAUGAGUAUUUAAAUAUUGAGAAUAACAUGGUUGCAGGCGAAUUAGUAAUGGAAGACGAGGAUAUUAUUGCAUUAAUUCAACCAACAGAAAUAGAAAUAGAUGAGCAACAGGAUGAAACCUUUAUUCCAAAAAUUUCUAUAUAUUACAGAUACCAUAAUUGGUGUUGA